AUGGAUAAACUGAUAUCUCCUUCACAGGUGGCUUAUGUUCCAAAAAGGCUAAUAAAUGAUAAUAUCAUUCUGGCCCAUGAGCUUAUUCAUUCCAUGAAGAGAUCUAAGAAAAAAACUCCAUUAGUGGCUCUCAAGCUUGACAUGUCGAAAGCUUUCGACAGACUCGAAUGGUCUUUCAUUGAUAAAAUGUUAUUGCAUCUGAGAUUUAGUGAUGAUUGGAGAACUAUCAUUCAACAAUGGCAUCUUAUUAAUUAUUCUAAGUCUUCGGCUUUUAUUUGUGGUGAUAUCUCUCAAGAAGAAAAACUCUCCAUCACAACAAGACUAGGAGUUAAAAAGCUGUGUUCUUCUGAUAAGUAUCUUGGUCUGCCAAUUCUUCUAGGAAAGUCGAAAGUGUCUUCUUUUCAUUCUUUGAAAGAUUCUUACAACAAAAGAUUCAGUGGAUGGAAUUCUAAGACUCUUAAUCAGGCUGCUAGAACAACCAUGGUUAAAUCAGUUUUAAAUUCGAUUCCAGCUCACUAUAUGAGUAAUUUCAAAAUGCCAAAAACAACUCUGCAACAGUUAGAUACUUUACAAAGGAAUUUUUGGUGGGGUCAUAAAGGAAAUAAAGGUAUCAAUUUUAUUUCUUGGAAUUCUCUAUGUGUUUCAAAAGAAGAUGGUGGAUUGGCUUUUCGUAACUUAGAACACUACAACUUGGCUCUCCUAACUAAAUUAGCUUGGAGGUUGUGUACAAAACCAGGCAGACAAUGGAGUCCUCGGAGAUGGAACAGUAAUUUGAUUAAUGCAGUUUUCCCAGAAAAUAUCGCCAAUUUAAUCCUACAGAUGAGAUUAAGUCAGUAUGGUGAAGAUAAAUUAAUCUGGGAGCCAAAUAGUUCAGGAGAAUUUUCAGUUAAAUCUGCUUAUAAAGCUAUUAACAAUGAUUCCUCUCUUCGAUCUAGCCAACAAAGUUCUUUUCCAAAAGUGGUUUGGAAGAAUUUAUGGAAGGCAAAAGUUCCUCAUAAAGUGAAGUUGUUUCUCUGGAAAUGUUUGAGAAAUAUAGUUCCUACCCUGAUGCAACAAAGUCUUUCAGAUAAACGAGUUAGCUGUUGGUUUGCUUGUCAUGAAAUUAGAAACCUAAUUCAAAAUUGUUUGAAAGAUAAUCAACAGAUAGAUCAGAACUCUUCUGAAAGAGCAACGCAAAGUUGGUCUCCUCCUAAAGAUAACUACCUUAAGAUUAACAUUGAUGCCUUAUUUGAUCAUAAUACAAAAGAAAUUGGAGUUGGUCUAAUAAUUCGAGAUUCUGCAGGUUCAGCCAAAGGAAUCAGGGGAAGGUACUUCAAUGGUGGAGUGAAUCCAGAGCAAGCUGAGUGUGUGGCCAUGAUUGAAGCUAUACAGUGGGCCAAGGAACUCAAUUUAAACAAUGUUCUCCUUGAAUCAGAUUGUAAAAAUGUAGUUACUGCCAUCAACAAUGUCAUCUCAACUGUUCAAUGGACAAACCAGAGCUAUGUAGAUGGAAUAAGACAUAUACUGUCUUCUGCUAUGUAUUUUGGUGUUGGUUAUGUAAAAAGAUCGGCAAACAAUAUAGCUCAUGUAAUAGCACAUGAAGCUAGAUCUCAGAAAACUUCUUUUGAUUUUGGUGAUGACAUCCCAUAUAAAAUUGAAAUGUUGGUAAGGGAUGAAAAGAAGUUAUUGUAG